GCGGGGCGGGGUACUGCGGUGGCUUUCGAGCCACCUGACUCUCGCCAACUCACAUGUCUGUCUACAUCCGCGAUACCAAGCACGAGCACGGCAAGGCGACCAAGGGCUUUACCCUGGACUCUGACGGGAGUGAUGAUGACUGGGAGACCGAUCCGGAUUACGUCAACGACAUCUCGGAGAAGGACCAGCGGUGGGGCUCCAAGGCGACAGGCCUGAUGCGCGGCGCGGUGGAGGAUGUCAAGGACAUCCACGCCCUGCGCGAGAAGGCCAAGGCCCAGGACACUGUUGCCGCCGAGGCCGACUACGUCCAGCGCGGCAAGUUCUCGCGCGGGUACGGCGGUGACAAUGGGGUCGAGGGCGCCGAUGCGUCGACCACCGCCGAGCCGCGGACGGCGCCCGCCGCCGCACCGGCCAAGGCCGCACCGGGCCCGCCGGCUACCAAGGAGACCUGCACAGCCGUCUACGACUACGAGGCCACCGACGACACCGAGCUCUCUUUCAACGAGGGCGAUGUCAUUACCGUCCUUGAGAAGAUCGAUGACGGCUGGUGGUCCGGCGAGCUCAACGGCAACGUCGGCGUCUUCCCGGCCAACUACGUAGAGCAGUGAUCAACGGUGGGGGUGCUACUCGCAGAGCCUACCCACGACAGCCGCAUAAACUCGGGCAUCCGCGUCGA